GUUCUCCUUCAGCCUUACCUAUAAUUCCACUUAUAGAUUCUCCUUCAACCUUACCUAUAAGUCGGCAUAUAGGUUCUCCUUCAACCUUACCUAUAAUUCCGCUUAUAGGUUCUCCUUCAACCUUACCUAUAAUUCCGCUUAUAGGUUCUCCUUCAGCCUUACCUAUAAUUCCGCUUAUAGGUUCUCCUUCAACCUUACCUAUAAGUCGGCAUAUAGGUUCUCCUUCAACGUUACCUAUAAUUUUGCUUAUUGGUUCCCCUUCAACCUUGCCUAUAAUUCCGCUUAUAGGUUCUCCUUCAAUGUUACCUAUAAUUCUGCUUAUAGGUUCUCCUUCAACCUUACCUAUAAUUCCGCUUAUAGGUUCUCCUUCAGCCUUACCUAUAAUUCCGCUAAUAGGUUCUCCUUCAACCUUACCUAUAAUUCCGCUAAUAGGUUCUCCUUCAACCUUACCUAUAAUUCCGCUAAUAGGUUCUCCUUCAACCUUACCUAUAAUUCCGCUUAUAGGUUCUCUUUCAACCUUACCUAUAAUUCCGCUAAUAGGUUCUCCUUCAACCUUACCUAUAAUUCCGCUUAUAGGUUCUCUUUCAACCUUGCCUAUAAUUCCACUUAUAGAUUCUCCUUAUCUAAAUAUAUAUUGGUAACAACCUGUCUGGGGCAUAUUGUCUAA